AUCAAGAGCUGAUUCAGAAGUCAAAAGGGACGCUCGUCUUUUCCUCUUCCACCUCCUCGCUUUGGCCUCACAAUUUCAAACUUUGGAUACCGGUGGCAACACACUUUACUGAGCCAUUCACUUUACUCGAUUAGGCUAGUUAGUUAGUAUUGGACAAUGAACGAAUGCAGGAGCUCCCACUCAUCACGCCAACGCCGAUCGCGAAGAGAGGGUGGACAACAACGCCCCAGUGUGCGAAGGACCAACUCGAGCUCCAAUUCCACAGGGCGGCGGUCAACGACACGACAACGAAGUCGCGGUGGUGGUUUGAGCACCUCCAUGCACAAUCAGAAUAACCGCAGCAGCAGCCACUUCUUUCAUGACUCGUGGCGAGAUGCGUUUGGUGUCGAUAUUUUUGACUUGGAUCCUUCGGCGGACUUUGGCAGUUCCUUCACGUUUGACGAAGCUUUUCCCGAAACAUUGGAUUCCUCUUUGGAGUCAUCCGCGGGGCAUUCUUCGUCUUUUUUCGACGAUGAUGCCAAGCCGGUAGUCAAGGCAAGACCACAGAUCCGAAGGAACGUGUCUCGACGAGAGGGAAUGACCAAGGCUCCGUCACGGCGAUCCCAACGCUCGAGGAGCGAGAGACGUUUGGCCACCAGCAUGCGCAAUAUGAAUGCCUCGGUCGAAUUCUAAGCUUGGUCUUGUCAUUGUCAUUGGCUCUGUCUCGCUCUUUUUCUUCAUCAUGACACCGGUACCGUCCACAUGACUCCAUGAUUGGAACGGAAGAAAACUGUUACCGGUGUUGACUAAUAGAUCUUAAUUAAAGCAACCUGUUAUAGAUUUC